AUGGCGCUGCCACGCAUUCCCCUCACGAUCGGACUAUUUGGCUGCGGCACAGUCGGCGGUGGCGUCUUCGACUUGCUGCACAACCCCGUGCGUCGUCAAGCGCUCGAGCGCCUCGGCGUCAACGCGCGCGUGGCCAAGAUCUGCGUGCAGGACGUGCACAAAGACCGGCAGCUCGCGCACUGGUCGCCGACCGAGACCUCGUUCACGAGCAACUCCCGCGACAUUCUCGACGACGGCAGCAUCAACUGCGUCGUCGAGCUCAUGGGCGGCGUCGACGCGGCCAAAGACGUAGUGUUCGAGGCGAUCCGAGCCGGGAAGCACGUGGUCACGGCCAAUAAGGCGCUUGUCGCGUCGUUUCUGCCCGAGAUCGAGCAGCUCUUGCGCGCGCAUCCCGACGUGCGCUUCAGCUACGAAGCGGCCGUGGCCGGCGGCAUCCCCAUCAUCCACACGCUCCAGCGCGCCUACAGCAGCGACACGAUCACGGAAGUCGCCGGCAUCCUGAACGGCACGACCAACUACAUGCUCUCCAAGAUGGAGGCGCACGGCGUCGCCUACGACGACGUGCUGCAAGAAGCGCAAGCGUUGGGGUUCGCCGAAGCGAACCCGAGCGCCGACGUCGACGGGUUCGACGUCCAGAGCAAAAUCGCCAUUUUGACCAAAUUAGCGUUCGGCGGUGUCGUGGCACCGGCUGCGAUCCCGACUACAGGCAUCUCGCGGCUCGCGGCGGUGGACUUUAAGUACGCCAAGAUGAUGGACAGCACGAUCAAGUUGCUCGGGGUCGCGAAACUGGUCGGACCAGCGGCGGACAGCGCCGAGCGCACGGGCACACCGCCUGCGGUGGCGGUUUUUGUGUCGCCCGUGGUGGUCCACCGGAGCAACGUCAUUGCCAGCAUCAGCGGCGCAACGAACCUGGUGAACGUGCGCUCGCAGAAUCUCGAGAGCGCCGCGUACGUCGGGCCCGGCGCCGGCCGCUUCCCCACGGCGAACUCGGUCCUGAACGACAUUGUGCAGCUCGCGCGGGGCGACGCGCCGAGUGAGCCGUUUAUGCCGUCGAAGCCGCUGACGCUCGAGUCCGACUACGAAGCGCAGUUUUACGUGCGCGUGACGAUCACGGACGGACUGGGCAUUAUCCGGCACGUGGGGCAGACGGCCGAAGAGAGCGGCGUGUCGGUGUACUCGAUUUUGCAGGCGCCGAUCGUGGACCGCGCGCGCGUGCAGUUUGUCGUGACGACAGAGAUGUCGCCGCUGUCAAAAGUGCGCGCCAUGUGCCAGAAGAUUGCGGCCCUACCGUUUGUGCAGGAAGAGCCGCUGUUUCUGCCGAUUAUGUAA